UGGGGCCCCCGGGCAAUAGGGGAUCAUGGGGCCCCUGUGUCCUUGCCCAAACUCAAAAAAGCCUAUGAAAAAGAAAGUGUCAGGUUUGUCAUAUUAAUCAUUGCUGGGACAGAUAAAUCUGUUCCUUUGCCUCCUCAGUUACCGUUAGAACUUAUAACCAGUUCAGGGGUGGACUGACAACUCAUGGGGCCCCUGGGCAAUAGGGAUCAUGGGGCCCCUGUGUCCUUGCCCAAACUCAAAAAAGCCUAUGAAAAAGGUACCAGGGGCAUCUCAUGGGGCCCCCUACUGACCCCGGGCCCUCCAAAUGGUCAGUCAGCUCCUGAUCC